AUGAGUAUUUAAUUGAGAGUGGAAGGAGCUUCAAAAGAUUUAAGAAUUAUGUAUCCAGAACCAGAAGAGAUUCAACUAAACUUCUGUACUUUAAUAGAUUUAGAAUUUACAAGUUUUACAAACAAAGAGGAAGAGAUUGUUUAAUUCUAGCUUAAUGAAGUGGUUGCACUUAAAAUUUAAACCUAAGAAGUUAUACUCUAAUUAGAUCCAAUAAAGAAAAGAUUUAUGCUCUAAUGUUUAGUAUAUCCAGGUGAAAAUAUGGUUUGGGUAUCAUGCAUGAAUAAUUAUGUUGUCACAGAGAAAUCUUUAGAUUAUGUUUUAAUGGGUAAAAAACCAUAAUUAGAAACAAUAACAGAAGAGGAUGAUAUAGGUAGUCCAAUUAAAAGAAGAUCUGGAAAGGAAAAUAAACCAAUUGGAUAAAAAUAAAUUUAUUCUAAAAACAUAUCUCCAUUGAAAACAAAAAGUCCAAAAAAAAAGGAUUAGACUACAAGUACAAGUAAAUUAUGAAAUAUAGAAAGGACAAAAAAGAGUACUCUUCGUUAGUCUUAAUCUAUGGUUUAAACUCCAAAAUCUCCAUUAAAAGGAGACUAUGUUGAUGCCUUACUUGCUUAGUUGAUUUAAUAGAAUAGUAGAAAGAGUAAAUCUAGAAAGAGAAGACCAUCAACAUCAUAUCCUUUGAGACCUAAGAUAGAUAGUGAAGGAAUGAUUGAUAGAUAAUGGUUAGAAGAGGAAAUGAUAAAUGAAGAUUUGUGA